AUGAUCUCCGCUAUGGAAAUCCCAAAGGACAACUUCAAGUGGUUCGGUGAAGGCUUCGACGGCUUUCCGAAGCGGCUACCCGAAGAUGUUGUAGAAUACAUGGUCUUCAUCAUCGACUCAAAGCUCUCUGAGGUCCAGAAUAGAGAGCGUCUUCAAGCUUUCCAGCGCGCACUAACCGCUUUAGAGAAGAAGUUCUUGAAGGAGUACAUUUGGCAACGCGACUCUAUCAAGCUCGACCUCGUCCGGGAGGAAGGAAAAUGGCUGCUGAAAGGCACCACAAAUUAUGGUGACAGCGUCGCUGACGAGUGGCUCAUUGUGUACUUUAUGCGAGAGCUAAGUAAAGAGUUCAAAGACGCUUGGAUCAGAAUCUACGACACAGAUGGCGAGUUUUUACUGAUCGAGGCUGCUAACGCUCUGCCAAAUUGGCUUAAUCCAGAGGUUGCAGAGAACAGAGUCUGGAUCAAUCAUCAUCGACUCCUUGUCAUACCACUCUCCAAGUACCAGACACCAGCGCCGUUAGGCCUGACCGAAGCGCUGUCGAUUGUCCGAGAAACACCCGGGCGGCCCCAACACCAUCCUAAGAUCGAGAAGGAGGCCUUCCAUCGUCUCAACGGCUAUCCCAAUGCUAUAUCCACGAAUCAACAUCAUGCGACAUUACCGAUGCCUCGAAAGGUGGCGCACAUCCUGCAUCUGAACCCUUCGUACAUUUCCCCCGCCGUGGAGGCUUUCUACUUGCGGGACCCGGUUGCGCUACGGUUAAUACAGCCUGACAAAUCAAAAAGGGCGCUUUUCUUUCCUCCAGAAGACUUCGUAGAGAUCAGCACCAGGUUUACCAAGGUUCUUUAUGCGCAGCUCCUUGGCCAAAAUUGGGAUCCGCCUGCUGCUCAUGAUGCGGCUGUGAAAGACCUCAAGAAGCAAGGCACGACACCAGAGAAAGCCGAAGUCGCCGUGAAACUCGUCGCAGGCCUUGAAAUGCUCCUCCAGCACGAAAUCUAUGCGGACAAGCCGGCAGUCAGAGAGAUCCAACUGCUCCUGGAGGAUCUGGACACAGGCGCUGAUGUUUUACCAACAGAUGCUGAGAUUGCAGCCUGGCCCAAGCGCGACGAUGACGAAGCUUGGUUGAACAUCGACUUUGCGGAGUUCGAGCGCGAGCUGGCUGGCAAGGGCGGGAAGGAAGGCUUUGGGGACAAAGACGCCCAGCAGAAUUUGAAAAAGAUGGUGGAGCGUUUCAACGCGUUCUUGGCGGAUGAUGAAGCCGGUAUCGACGGUGCUGGUGGUCUUGACCCCAUGGACAUGGAUGAUGACUCCGACGCAGAGGGUCGCGAGUGGGAGGACCCUGAGGAUUCUGACUCAUCAUCUGACCACAAAGGCGCGGACGAAGAGAGCGAUAACGCGGAUGCCGAUGCCGAAUACGCAGAGUACGAAAAAGCUUACGAGACAUUCAUGACGCUAUCUGCGGCUGAAAAGGCUAUCUUGACGGAUGACGCCCGCGAGUUGGCCCUUGCAGAAGAGGCAGAUCGUGAGGAAGACGAGGAGAUCAAGAAACUCUCGGAUAUGAUGGAGGCAGAACUGUUUGGCCAUGGCGCACUGAACUUGGAUCCUGAGCGGGGCCAAAAGAGCGCCAAGGGCCAAGCGACCCAAUCGAUCUCGUCGGCCAAGGGCAAGGGUAAAGCGGAGGUAGAAGAGCUACCGGAGGAAGGCUCCGACGACAGCGAUGGCGAUGUAUUAGACGAAGACUACAACCUAGCAGAGAAUAUGCUCAAAGCGUUCAAGGGGCAAGUCGGCACGGCAGGUCCGGCAGGCAAUUUGAUGGGGUUGAUGGGUGUGCAGUUUCCACCGGACGCGGACGACGAGCAGAAGAGUCGAGGGCAGGGCAAGGCUCCGCUACGGUAA